AUGUGGCAUUUGAAGAUUAUCGUAGAAAAGGAUACCAUCGAGCCAGAUCAAUAUCACGCAGGUCAUGUGUACUUCUACCCAUCAUGGUUAGAAGAUAACAUAACAGGAAUAGUCGAGCUAGGGGCUGGUCAAGGAAACAGGGUAGAUGAGGCUGCUGAAGCACAUGUGAAGUAUGAGAGGCUACGCAAAAGAGCCCUUAAGUCCGAAGCCAGGAAUUUGGAACAACACAAGUUAGACAUGGAGUCAUUAACGAGUGAAGAUGGUCGGAGUACUCCAGCACAAAAUGAUUUGAUCCUACGAUUGGAACAGAAAUUACUAGAAUUCACCGCUUUUAUGCGAUUAAAUUACUAUCCUCUGUGCCCGAUUCAUCAUCUGGCUUUGGGGGUUGGCCGACACAAGGAUUCAGGCACUUUGACUGUCCUUGCUCAAGACGAUGUUGGUGGUCUCGAGGUGAAACACAAGACAUAUGGAGAAUGGAUACAAGUUAAACCAACUCCAGAUGCUUAUAUUAUCAAUGUUGGUGACAUAGUUCAGGUAUGA